CACUGAGCGAGUCUCUGCCCUCCUGCAGCUUAGCGGACCGACAUGCCAUGGCGCGCCGGAGCCCACCACGCAGCUAGAGAGGCGUGGAAGGUAAGCGCGGGCGGGACAGGGCCGAUUCAGACUAAUUUAGUACAAGACCGUCACGAUGCCACGCGACGGAACCCACGGAGUUCGGACGACGACUCGACCAGUCAGUCCCAGUUUCAGUCCAGCCUAGUCCAGUCCAGGGUCACGGGCUCGCCAUGGUCUUUAGAGUGCAGGUGCUUACAGGUACAGGCACGACGACAUCACCGCCGAUCCACCCCGAAUCCGAACACAAUGGAUGGAAAGACAAUCCGGCUGCGGGCCUCGUGUAAUGCCUGCAACGAGUCCAAAGUGCGCUGCAGCCAGCACAAGCCAACGUGUGCACGAUGCGAGAGAAACGGCGCUGACUGGUGAGUGGUGUCAAAACUCAAUUAACUUUUGUUGUAAUUAGCACGCACCUACCUGCUGGUAGAGUACUGUACGUACCUACUAAAACAAACCUCCCUCCUGUAGCGUCUACGGCCUGUCCCGUCGCACACACAAGGACGCACCACCCAUCGCCGUACCGCCGUCGCGGCCGCGGAGGGCCUCGCCGUCGACGUCUUCCGCUGAUGAUACCGCCGCUGCCUCUGCCAAUGCGGCCGCCGCAAACAACAACAACAACAUCAACAACAGCAGCAGCAGUAACAACAACAGCAGCAGCAGCAACAGCAGCAACAGCAGCAACAGCAGCAACAGCAGCAACAGCAGCAACAGCA